UUACAUUUCACAAUAUUUUAAGUGUUGAAUACAGAUUAAAUAAAUAUAUCAAUAAAUAUUUUUAACAUAUUCCAAAAUGUACCAGAACAAAAUGAUAAUUAUUGUAGCGAUUUUGGUAACGGGAGAUUGCUUAGAAGAAAUCCCAAGGAGGGACGAUAUACAUAAAACGGAAGCCAUCGUUGAACAUACGAUUAACAGUCUUUUCUCGACAUUGAAAUUGAAGAGAAUUCAGCAAAGACCAAAGAUACUGGAAUAUACAACUUUGCAUAAAUAUUUCGCGUCACUAUCAUUGCAAGAUGAUUACAACUUGAAGAAAAUUCUACAACUAACAAAAGUCAAUUCGGAACAUAAAUUUUAUAAUGGAACUGACUUUAUAGCCGUUAUAAAUGAAAUAAUAAAUGAAGAUAUAGUUAACAGAUUAAACGUGGAUGACAUUAGUGUGAUAUCGUAUAUUGAGAGAUUUAUUUCCAGAUUAAAGAAAUGGAGAGAAAUUUACGCGCCAAAAACCAUUUACGUCAAUAUUAAUUUUAAAGUCCUGGAACAUUUGCAGAAAACAGUUAAUAAAAGUUUUGAUUCUAAAAGUCAAGAUAAUCUCAUUACGAGCGACAAUGAAUUUUGGGAGCCAAGUGGUCGACGUAUUUACAGAGGUCAAAGAACCAAGAUCAAAUAUUUCCCAUUCAUGGCUAGUGUGCACAUCUUCAACAACUUCCAUUGCGCUGGAUCUAUAAUAAAAUCUGACCUCAUCAUCACAGCUUCGUCGUGUUUACAACUAGCCUGGAAUAACCGUCUAUUCCGAGAAAAUCCAGCAUUCCUUUCUGUUCGAGUCGGGAGUUCCUUCUAUAGUGGUGGUGGUGAGGUCAUACCGGUAUUAGAAAUUUACUUCCACCCUGGAUACGACCCUAAAAGUCUUAGAAACAACAUCUGUAUCCUGCGGCUCGUUCGCCGUUUGAAUUUCAGAAAACGAAAUAAGAGAGUGAAAAGGAUAAACAUAGAUAGAAACCCAUGGAACCUACCAAUGAAUACUCCUGGUGUCACGAUUCUUGGUUGGGGUGCGAAGGGUAGUAGCGGCAUAGUUUACGAUCCAUGGAAAAAUAUAUUAUCAUAUUCGAUUUUGGAUAUUUAUCCGUUGCCAGACUGUCGCGACGUGUAUACUAGGUUUGUAUAAUGUUCAAUACUUCAACAUUAAACAGUUCAGUACUUCCACGUACACAUUAUUUUUUAAUUUAAUAUUAUUUUGUUAUCAGACGGUAUGUGACACACAAACAUUUUUGUGCUGGUUUCUUGUC